UUUAAAAGCCUUCUUUGGCCGGAGGUGAGAGUCAGCGCGACAGAAACACCGAGGUUUGAGCGUGGCAGCGAUCGCCUUCAACAGCUGAUCGGUGACGCAACCAUGUUUCACUUUCAAAGUUCACGCGGGUCAAAGUCUGUGGUGUUCGGCUCCGUAAAAGUGGCCCAAGCGUCUGUCAUAUGAAUGUCUUAGCUCUCCCAGCCAUUGUUUCACGACGGCAAUGAUAUCCCGAUGUGUUUUCUUCCGCCGCACCUGCGCGUGGAAACGAGUAAACAGCUGCGACACCGAACAGAUGUGCCAGAUGUUGCUCGUUCGAGGAAGCAGUUGCGCGAGGCUCCUGAAAGACAAGAGUUAUAGACCCUGUCACCUGUCUGUAAUAACUCCGCGACAACACCUUGCUUCACCUAACGCAGGCAGUGGCCGGCACCCGAGCUCCCCUCACUCACUCCACUCACUCACCCACCCGGCCACCUCGCCUCUCUGGUUCUCGGGCUGGACUUGCGUGUGCAGUUUGGUGUCGCUGCCGACGAUUGCUGGCGCUGGUCACGUGACCUACCGUGUCCCAGGCCUCAAGGUGGUGGUGGACUGUGUGUACACCGCCACACCUGUAUCACCUGUAUCGUCUUGCCACAGCUGUAUUCACGUGUUGCAUCUGUGCACGCUUGGCUGUAAACAUACACAUCGCAUACGUGUUCAUCCCAUGUUCAACAAAGACUGUACACGCACAUACCUUUCUAUAUUUGAUCACAUCUGCUAAGUGGACACGCUGGCUGAAGGACACACGCUCGCUAUGCUCACUUGGAUAUAUGAUAUAUUGGCAGUAUAGCACGUUGAAAGCUAAGUUGAAAAAAAAACGCACAUGUUGCUUUUGAAACUGCACUAUUCAGCCAGCUAACACCACAGCUGUUGACACUGCAUUUAUGGGCCUGUAAAAUGGAUAUAAAUAAAGACCAGUUCCACUUUUUAAUAUCCAGCAAAAGGAAAACACACUACACGAUUAAAUAUACCGAAAAAAUGUAAACAUAUAUACGAAAUCCAUAUGUACAAGAAAAUAAAAGAUUA